AAUUAUUAUUCCCCUCACGAACCCCUCUCUCCCCACUUACCAAACUCCGGCUCCCAACGCCCAAAGCCUCCGCAUCCAGAGCUCCAAACCCUAGGCGAGGCGAGGCGAGGCGAGGCGAGGAGGCGGCGCGGCGAGGGAGAGGCCAUGGAUCCCGAUUCGGUGUCGAAGGCGUUCGUGCAGCACUACUACCAGACGUUCGACUCCAACCGCGCCGCGCUGGUGGGGCUGUACCAGGACGGCUCCAUGCUCACCUUCGAGGGCGAGAAGUUCGGCGGCCCCGCCGCCAUCGCCGGCAAGCUCGGAUCUCUCCCCUUCCAGCAGUGCCAGCACAAGAUCGACACCGUCGACUGCCAGCCCUCGGGGCCCCAGGGCGGCGUCCUCGUCUUCGUCUCCGGCACCAUCACCACCGGCCCCGGCGAGCACCCCCUCAAGUUCUCACAGAUGUUCCAUUUGCUGCCAGCUGGAGGGAGCUUCUACGUGCAGAACGACAUGUUCCGCCUGAACUAUGGUUAAGGAAGGGCGACUCUGGCAGCAAAGAACUUGUUCAGGGAUUUAUGUUGAAACAAUGAACAUCAAAUGAUGAUGCUGCAGACUCUUUGUUUGUUCGCCAACCUGUGCAAUUUAUCGCAAAAAAUUGCCUUGAUAGGCAUCCACCAGAUCAUCUUUUGUUUUGUGUUUCCCAUGUAUUGUCGUUGCUUGGGUGGCACUUUCUUUGGAAUGUUGAUGGAAACCGUCCAGGUAUUAGUUAUGCGUGGCAUCUCUGGGUUUUGUUUGUGACCAUUUAAGUUCACUUUUGCAUGUCCCAAAA